AUGUUUGUUGUGGCAACAAGGUUAUGGUCACAAAACUUGCCAGCGAAAUCAUUUAUAGAGUAUCAUGAUACUCCUAAAAUGCUUAAGAUGGUCUCGGAGUUGAUCAUUCAUGAGCUUCUCAACAUCCUAGACUCGCAACUCUUGCGGUUCUUGCCAAGGGUUUCUAUGGCGUUGGCAUCGUUAGUCAACCUCCUCAUUAGGAAAAGAGUGUUGUUCUCAUCGGCUACCCUGCUGUUGGUGAGCGUCCUCCUUGACGCUCUCCAUGAGGUGGGCUACGGGGAUGGCUUCCUCAUGGGUCUAACCUCGAAUGAACACUUCCUUGAGUGCCCAAGUGGGCAUGGACAUCAGACUAUGCCCCCAACAUUGAGUGCACAUUAG